AUGAGAUUAUCUACAACCAUUUUAGCCAUAUUCAUGUUGGUUCUUGAAGUCAACUGUCUCUCAGUUAAGAGAUUUUUCGCCCCAUCUUCUCCGAUGUUUUCGUUGAUUGCCCACCACAAAGGCGAAAAAUUCCAAUACAAUUUGGUCAAAUUCAAUGGAAGUGAUAUAGUGUUAGGAGGCGAUGAACAAGCUUUCUUCGGAAGAAUCAAGGCUAGUAAUGGAUACACAUUGAACUUGCCAUUGGCCAACGGUACUAAUACCACUCACCCAUCUAACAGAACUGUUUAUGUCGAUAAGAACUACAGAUUAACCACUACUGCUUUCAAGAACCAAUCGAGUGAACAUUUCGGUCUUAACAACUCUUUAUUGACUUACCAGAACUCGUCCAAAUUCUUAGCGUGCCCAGAUCCAAUCACUAAGGGUCAAUAUGAAAUUUAUGCUAGCACCAAAGCUAAGAAUGUCACUUGUCCAUCUAAUUCGACAGGCUUCGAAGUAGACUUAUUAGUUCAACUUCAGCUUGAUGCAGGAAUUAACUAUAACCCAUCAACUAACAAGGCCUCGUUUUUUGGUAAGAAAUGA